GUCGAGAACAACCCCAACACACGAAAUGGCCUCCCCCGCACCCCCCGUCGAUGGCAUUGGUAUCGCCAACCUCCCCAACCAGAGGCACAAGAUUGUCGCCAAGAGCGGUGCACACUUCACCAUGAUGGUUGUUGGCGAGUCCGGUCUGGGAAAGACGACGCUCGUCAACACCCUUUUCACAACCGAGCUCUCCCCGGCGAAAAACUACACCAAGCGGCACUACAAGCAGCUUGACAAGCUCACCGAGGUCGAGAUUAUCAAGGCCGAGCUCGAGGAGAAGCAAUUCAAGGUCAAGCUCUCCGUCAUUGACACCCCCGGUUUCGGCGACUACGUCAACAACCGCGACUCGUGGUCGCCCAUUGUCGAUUUCAUCGACGACCAGCACGAAGCGUAUAUGCGCCAGGAGCAGCAGCCCGAGCGCGAGGAGAAGACCGACCUCCGUGUCCACGCAUGCCUGUACUUCAUCCGCGCUACCGGACACACGCUCAAGCCGCUCGACAUCGAGAUCAUGAAGCGCCUCGGCACGCGCGUGAACCUCAUCCCGGUCAUCGCGAAGGCGGACACGCUCACGCAGAACGACCUCGCCGUCUUCAAGCAGCGCAUCCGCGAGGUCAUCGCCGCGCAGGGCAUCCGCAUCUACCAGCCCCCGGUGGAGGCGGACGACGACGCGGCCGCGGAGCACGCGCGCAUGCUCUCGGAGGCGAUUCCCUUCUCGAUCAUCGGCUCGACCGAAGACGUGCAGACGCCCGACGGGCGCACCGUCAAGGGACGCGAGUACCUCUGGGGCGUUGCCGAGGUGGAGAACGAGAACCACUGCGAUUUCCGCAAGCUGCGCUCGUUGUUGAUAAGGACGCACAUGCUGGACCUGAUCUCGACGACGGAGGAGCUGCACUACGAGAACUACAGGCAGCAGCAGAUGGAGACGCGCAAGUUUGGCGAGCCCAAGGUCAAGAAGGUGGAUAAUCCCAAGUUCAAGGAGGAGGAGGAGCAGCUCCGCCGGCGCUUCACCGAGCAGGUCAAGGCUGAGGAGGCGCGCUUCAGGCAGUGGGAGCAGCAUCUCAUCGCCGAGCGCGACAGACUCAACAAGGACCUCGAGAUGGCGCACAGCGCCAUCAAAGCCCUCGAAGCCGAGCUCGACAACCUCCAGGCCGGCUACGGCCGCGGCACCACCAGACGGUAGACGACUCGGCGCCCUACGUCCGUGUUGUUUUCCAUGCCGGCGUGCAAGCUGUUUCAUUAUACCCUACGCACAUAUCCUUCGACGCUCGUUUAUUGGAAUGGAAGCGGUGCCUUGACUUGUCGAACACUCCAUUCACGUUCUCACUCUCGUUGGUUUCCCCCCCUGGCCCAUUGGAUUUCCUUUCUAAUUACCUCGUUUACUUCGCCUACCGUACUUCAUCUGUUUUUCUUUUUUGCAGCACUGACGAUAUAUGACGGUAACUGCACGCACGUUUCCUGCGUUCGUCUACGCGAAGAGAAUUAUAAGUGACGACUGCCGAAGUCCCCAAUGCUCAAAAUUGAAUGCAAAUGUGUUCG